AUGUCUAUCUAUCUAUCUAUCUAUCUAUCUAUCUAUCUAUCUAUCUAUCUAUCUAUCUAUUUUAGCUUUGCAAACAUUCAUUAUCUAUCUAUGGCGAGCAGUAUAUACCUACUUAUUUAUUGUAAACGAUCAUAUCUAACGAGUAUAAACGAUAUCUAUCUAUCUAUCUAUCUAUCUAUCUAUCUAUCUAUCUAUCUAUCUAUCUAUCUAUCUACUUUCAUUAUCUAUCUAUCUAUCUAUCUAGAAAUUAAGAAAUAUAUUAUUUUAUUUACUUGUGGGCUCUUUUAUACGUCUUCUUUCUCUAUCUUUCUUUUUCCUCCAUCUUUUUUUUUUAUCUUUAUGUCGAUUGAUAGAAUGCGACUGUGGGCGUAUGCCCAAGAAAAUCUAUCUCUGUCACCUUCUCUUGAUAAGAACAGCUCACCGGCCAGGCCCACAAGCUACUGCUCUAAAAAUUUCUAUCAUAUCCGAUCGGCGUUGUCGCGCAUUGCUUUCGGAUUAGCCCGUUCCGUAAUAGAAAAACGCUUGCAGGAAACGAUAAGCAGAAAUUCUGAGUAUCUAUCUAUCUAUCUAUCUAUCUAUCUAUCUAUCUAUCUAUCUAUCUAUCUAUCUCAUUCUGUUCAUAUCUAUCUCAUUCUGUUUCUAAGUAUCUAUCUAUCUAUCUAUCUAUCUAUCUAUCUAUCUCAUUCUGUUCACAUCUAUCUCAUUCUGUUUCUAAGUAUCUAUCUAUCUAUCUAUCUAUCUAUCUAUCUAUCUUAUUCUGUUUAUAUCUAUCUAUCUAUCUAUCUAUCUAUCUAUCUAUCUAUCUAUCUAUCUAUCUAUCUAUCUAUCCCAUUCUGUUUCUAUCUAUCUAUCUAUCUAUCUAUCUAUCUAUCUAUCUAUCUAUCUAUCUAUCUUAUUCUGUUUAUAUCUAUCUAUCUAUCUAUCUAUCUAUCUAUCUAUCUAUCCUUCAGACCAAGAGUUGGUUCCUAUGUCGCGCUACAUGCAGUGAUGGUUCCUAUGUCCACACAAUCUAUCUAUCUUUGUUUCGUAUCUAUCUAUCUAUCUAUCUAUCUAUCUAUCUAUCUAUCUCUAUCUAUCUAUCUAUCUAUCUAA